GUCACUUCCGCACACAUUGCCUGUACAGUCGUGUUGCCGUAGCUAACAUUUCCGGUGCGAACUCACGCAAAUUUCAUUCACAGCAGAUUGACCACACGACACACGGAGAAACUGUUGGCGGGCAGAAGAGGACCAUGGAGCCAGAGACCAAGCGUUGGAAAGGGACCAUGAGUGACUCUUGGGUUGCUCACCCUGUCCUGUCAGAUGAGCAGACACAAGUCAUAGAGAUGAUAGACGCUUUUGCCGCACCGAUCGUCAACAGGAGAGAGACAUCUCGACUGGUCAAAGAGUUGAACAGUUCUUACCCUCUGAAAGGCCUUCAGCAUGUGAAGCGGGUCCGGGCGAGCAAGGAGGAGGGCUGUCCUCAUCCUUUGGCCGUCCUGCUAUGUCUCGUCAGCGAAGCACCAAACACGACCUCGUUGAGCAUCGCAUCUCUGCUGCCCUCUUGUGUUGUCGGACAUGACGGACUAGGUGAGCCUUUCCUGGUCAAGGUCCCCGCGCGUCCUCCUUUGACCAGGCCCCAAUUCGAGCUGGCGAGCAAACAAUGGCCGACCUCUUUCCAUGAAGACAAACAUGUGACGGACGCCCUGAGAGGUGAAUUCUUCAGCCGAGCUCAGAGAGCUAAGAUGCACAUGUUCAUGUCAUCUGCCGUGGCUGCUGCCAAAGAAGGAAGGGCUCUGGGAAUGGAGGCAGUGGGAGCCGUCCUGGUCGACCCGGUCUCGGAGAGUAUCGUCGCGGUCGGCCAUGAUUGUAGACGCAAACACCCUCUGCAGCACGCCGUCAUGGUGUGCAUUGACAUUGUGGCCCGCUCGCAGGGCGGUGGUUGUUACUCCUUUGACGAACACCCUGCUUGCAGGGGUCCAUCGCCUGCCCCAGCUGUGUCACCCUCCCCAACUCAUGUAGAGGGGAAUGCAUCGCGGCCGUACAUAUGCACCGGAUAUGAUCUUUACGUGACCCGAGAGCCUUGUGUGAUGUGUGCUAUGGCGCUGGUCCACUCACGGAUAGGCCGUGUUUUUUAUGGGGCCGCCUUUGCAAACGGAGCCCUAGAGAGUACAUUUAAAAUCCACACGCAGAAAGAUUUAAACCAUCGCUUUGAUGUUUACAAAGGAGUGCUAGCCAAACAGUGUCAGGAUCUCAACAGUUUGUCUCUUUGAAACUUGGCUUUUAUAAUUUUUAGACUAUAAUAUUAAUUUUUUUUUAAGCCAACACAUGAAUAAUUUAUGACAUUUCAUGUAAAAGUAGCAAAGUGAAUAUUUUUUUAAGACAAAUAACCAAGUCAAACAGCAGGUUAGGGCAGUGGUUCUCAACCUUUUUUCAGUGAUGUACCCCCUGUGAAUUUUUUUUUAAUUCAAGUACCCCCUAAUCAAAGCAAAGCAUUUUUGGUUGAAAAAAAAAGAGAUAAAGAAGUAAAAUACACCACUAUGUCAUCAGCUUCUGAUUAAUUGAAUUCUAUAACAGUGCAAAAUAUUGCUAAUUGGUAGUGGUCUUUCUUGAACUAUUUGGAAAAAAAGAUAUAAAAAUAACGAAAAAUUUGUUGAAAAAUAUACAAGUGAUUCAAUUAUAAAUAAAGAUUUCUACACAUAGAAGUAAUCAUCAACUUAAAGUGCCCUCUUUGGGGAUUGUAAUAGAGAUCCAUCUGGAUUCAUUAACUUAAUUCUAAACAUUUAUUCACAAAAAACAAUCUUUAACAUCAAUAUUUAUGGAACAUGUCCACAAAAAAUCUAGCUGUCAACACUGAACAUUGCAUUGUUGUAUUUCAUUUCACAGUUUAUGAACUUACAUUCAUAUUUAAGCAUUAUUCAAUAAAAAUAUUUAGAAAGGAUUUUUGAAUUGUUGCUUUUUUUAGAAAAUUGAAAAAAAAAAUCUCACAUACCCUUGGGCAUACCUUCAAGUACCCCCAGGGGUACGCGUAUCAUUUGAGAACCACCGGGUUAAGGUGUUGCGAUCCGAUAUUGAUAAUAUUAGCAAUAUCUGCGGCUUUACUUGAUCGCAUCCAUCUAUCCAUUUUCUUCCGCUUAUCCGAGGUCGGGUCACGGGGACAGCAGCCUAAGCAGGGAGGCCCAGACUUCCCUCUCUCCAGCCACUUUGUCUAGCUCCUCCCAGGGGAUCCUGAGGCGUUCCCAGGCCAGCCAGGAGACAUAGUCUUUCCAACGUGUCCUGGGUGUUCCCCGGUCGGAUGUUCCCUAAACACCUCCCUCUGGAGGCGUUCAGGGGAAACACCUCGAUGUGGAGGAUCCACAUGUACUCGACCGCAGAUGACUCUAAUUUCAGCAAUUGUAGGCACUGCUUUUCUUAUGUCAGUGCGGCCGCCAUCUUUUGGCAGUCAAGAUCGCCCCAUCAACAACUACACGCAGGGAGGUGAUGGGUCACAUUUUUAUAGUCUUUGGUAUGACUCGGCCGAGGUUUGAACUCACAGCCUACCGAUCUCAGGGCAGACACUCUAACCACUAGGCCAGUGGUUUUCAACAUUUUUUCAGUGAUGUACCCCCUGUGAACAUUUUUUUAAUUCAAGUACCCCCUAAUCAGAGCAAAUCAUUUUUGGUUAAAAAAAGAAAUAAAGAAGUAAA